AUGGUUGAAAAAAAGGAACAAAGUAUUCAUUGUGAAAUUGAGCUUGCAAGUGAUAAUUCUAAAGCUUUGAUAACUUUUGUGUAUGGGUUAAAUGGUUACAUUGAGAGGAGAGAGCUUUGGAAGGACAUUAACCGUUAUAAAAGUGACUUCAAUGGGUGCCCUUGGGUGGUCUUAGGUGACUUUAAUGCUAUUAGAAGAAAGGAGGAAAAGGUGGGAAGGGUCGUUAGAUGGGAAUCCCAUGAAGAAGAGUUGAAUAAAUGUUGCAUUGAAGCUCAUCUUGAAGACCUUAGAUUCAUGGGGUCUUACUAUACUUGCAGCAACAUGAGUGAAGGAGAAAACCGAAUUGCUUGUAAGCUUGAUAGAAUCUUGGUGAAAAAGAAGUGGCUUAAAGAGGUCCUAAGAUCUAUAGGGGUAUUCCUUCCUAGUGGACUCUCAGAUCAUAACUCGUGUGUUCUUAUUGGAGUCAAGGCCGAUGAACUUGCGUUACUUGAUUUCAAGAAUCAAAUAACUCAAGAUCCUCUUCAAAUCAUGAGCUCCUGGAAUGCCUCUAUCCAUUUCUGCAAUUGGACUGGUGUUAACUGCAGUUCAACUAAUGGAAGAGUCACAGUCUUGAACUUGGCGUCGCUAAAAUUGGCUGGAACGAUACCGCCUUCAAUAGGAAACCUUACGGCUCUUACAGCUAUGAAUCUGUAUAACAAUAGCUUCCAUGGUGAACUUCCUGAAGAAAUAGGUCGUUUACAACACCUACAAACUCUCAAUUUCAGUAACAAUUACUUUGGCGGGAGUAUUCCAACGAAUUUAUCUCGUUGUGCUGAGCUUAGAAUAUUAGGAUUUGCUUACAACGAGUUUAUCGGGCAGAUUCCGGAGCAGCUUGGUUCAUUGUCGAAACUGGUAUUUCUAAGCUUUGGAGCUAACCAUCUUUCAGGAAAAAUUCCAGCUUCGAUUGGAAAUCUUUCUUCUCUUGCCUCUCUGUUCCUUUCCGCCAAUAAUUUACAAGGGAGCAUACCCGAAGAACUUGGGUUGAUAUUAGGCUUGAGAAUGUUUCAACUGGCUGGUAAUAAUCUGUCUGGAACGAUCCCCUCUUCAAUCUUCAAUCUUUCUUUGAUAUUCUAUUUCUCUGUAACUGAAAACCAGCUGCAAGGUCAACUACCCUCAGAUGUUGGUCUCACUCUGCAUAAUCUUGAGAUGUUUGGAGGAGGAGCUAACUAUUUUACAGGAAGUAUUCCUGCAUCAUUGUCAAAUGCUUCUAAUCUAUCCCUCAUUGAUUUUGGUCAAAAUAGCCUCACCGGGAAUAUUCCAGAAAGUUUGGGAAGACUGAAAAGCUUAUUUAGACUUAAUUUUGGAUAUAAUAGACUUGGAAAGGGCGAAGUUGAUGAAUUGAAUUUCUUUUCUUCCUUAGCUAAUUGUACUAGUCUUCAAAUUUUGGGUCUAUAUGGAAACGGUUUUGGGGGAGAAUUGCCUAAGUCCAUAGGAAACCUUUCAACUCAAUUGCAGGUUUUAGAUAUUGGAGGGAAUCUGAUCCAUGGGAACAUCCCUGCUGAGAUUGGAAACCUAGUUAACCUAGUUGCCUUUUCAUUAGAAGAAAACUACUUAAGUGGCCGUGUUCCUGAAGCUAUUGGGAGGCUCCAGAAUCUACAAGCAUUGUAUUUGGAUUCCAACAAAAUUUCUGGAUCAAUCCCACGUUCACUUGGCAACAUGACUGAAUUAAAUACGCUUGUUUUGAACAGUAAUGAUCUCGAAGGAAGCAUACCUCCAAGUCUUGGAAGGUGUCAAAAAUUGCUAGCACUGGAUUUAUCUAAUAAUAAACUAAACGGCACCAUACCCACAGAAGUUGUCAGUCUUUCUUCCAUUUCAAAGUAUUUGCGUUUGUCUAACAACUUUUUGACUGGUUCACUACCAGUUGACGUGGGUAACUUGAAAAAUCUUGUAGAGUUGGAUGUUUCUAAGAACAAAUUAUCAGGUGAAAUUCCUAGUAGCCUUGGUAGUUGUACUACUUUGGCACGCUUAUACUUGGGAAGUAACAUGUUUGGAGGGACAAUUCCUGAAUCUUUGGAGGGUUUAAGGGGCUUAGAAGAAUUGGAUCUUUCUUGGAACAACUUAUCUGGCCAAAUCCCUGAAUUUUUAAGCCAACUUUCAUUUCUCAAGUAUGUAAAUCUUGCAUAUAAUAAACUUGAAGGUGAAGUACCCAAGGGAGGAAUCUUUGCAAAUACAAGUGCCAAUAUUUCACUUAUUGGAAAUGACAAGCUUUGCGUCAGUAUUCCGGAACUACUUCUACCACUAUGCCCAACAAAAGUUUUUGAAAAGCAUGCUAAUAUAAAGGUGGUAAUCUCUAUAACUAUUGGUGUCACAGUUGCAAUUCUGUUGGUGAUUUCGUUUAUUUUAUAUUCCAAAAUGAAAUUUCCAAAGACAACUUUCUCCACAUCUUCGAUUAAUAGCCAAUUAUUUCUAUCUUACUCUGACAUUUUAAAAUCAACUGAUAACUUUUCUGAUGAAAAAUUGCUUGGAGUGGGUAGUUUUGGUUCUGUCUACAAAGGUGCUCUUCCUGGUGAGGAGAAAAUAGUUGCAAUUAAGGUGUUAAAAGUUGAACAUCGAAGAGCUUUAAAGAGUUUCACGGAUGAAUGCAAUGCUUUAAAAAGUAUACGACAUCGGAACAUCCUCAAGAUCCUAAAUGUUUGCUCAAGUGUUGAUUAUGAAGGUAAUGACUUUAAAGCUCUUGUUUUAGAGUUCAUGUGUAAUGGAAGUUUGGACAAGUGGUUACACCCGGUUCCUAAUGAGCUAUCUGGUGGAAUCAAGAUUUUGAGCUUUAUGCAAAGACUCAAUGUAGCAAUUGAUGUUGCUUCUGCUUUUGAGUAUCUGCAUCACUAUUGUGAGACUCCAGUUGUGCAUUGUGAUCUCAAGCCAAGCAAUGUGCUACUUGAUGAAGAUAUGACAGCCCAUGUUGGUGACUUUGGAUUGUCCAAGCUCCUUCUUGAAUCUUCAAAUAAUGCCCCAACAUCAGCAGGUCUAAGAGGUUCUAUUGGCUAUUUCCCUCCAGAGUAUAUGGAUGGCCAUGUUUCGAGGCUGGGAGACAUAUACAGCUAUGGUAUAUUAUUGCUGGAGAUGUUCACAAGUAAAAGACCAACAGAUAACAUGUUUAAAGAUGGCUUAAAUAUUCAUAAGUUUGUUUCAGCGGCUUUUCCAGACCAUGUCAUGGAUGUCGUUGACCCAUCAUUACUCUUUGAAGAAGAAAAUGAAGAUGAUGGAAUAGAAGAAGCCAUGAACAAAAACUUGGAACCUCAAACGAAAAAUAAAAGGAAAAUGGAAGAAUUGUUGGUUGCAGUGAUGAGAAUUGGCCUCAUGUGUUCCAAAACAUCUCCUAGAGAGCGGAUGCCAAUGAACCAUGUGGUCAACAAUCUGAAAGCCGUUAAAAACUCUUAUCUUUAA